AUGAUUUGUUACAAGACCGACACCACUCACCGAAAACCCUUGCCCCAGGGUCCAAUCCUCUGGGCUAUUGCUGUUGCACCUACCGCAGUGCCGCGGACUAGAUUCCUCUUAAUCCUCCUCCUCCUUCACCUCCUCGUCCUCCCCUUGUUCCGCAUUCGGCUCUUCCUCCUCCUCCUCCUUUUCCUCCUCAAUCUUCUUCUAAUACUUCUGUUCAUCAUCAUCAGCACCAUCUUCGUCGUCGUCUCCGUCAUUUCCAUCCUCCUCUUCCUCAACACCCAAGUAUUCCGUCUCAUUGUCAGAGAGAAUCCUACAUCAGAUUCCCUCUCUCAUGAAAUGUCAGCCGACAUCCUGAAAUAUGUUCUCGAUUCAAGCAUAAGUAUGGUUGUACUGUCCUGCAGCCUAAUCCCAAGAUAG